AUGAGGUUUUCUUGGACGAUUUACUUGUAUGGCAUUGCUCCUUGUACGGGAGGGCUAGCAUUCGGCUAUGAUACCGGAUCUAUGAGUGGAAUCCUCGCGAUGCCCCAGUUUCUCUCUUACAUGAACUCCCCAAGCAACUUUUUGCAAGGAGGUAUCACCGCUUCUAUACAAGCAGGCGCGUUUGCCGGAUCCCUUUUGACUGGCGCACUUUUGGCCGAUAGAUUCGGACGUAAGAAGACGAUCUUGAUUGGGUCUGCGAUUUUCACCAUCGGUAUUAUUAUCUCAACUGUGGCAAACAAUGUCAUCGCUUUGGUGGCCGGCCGAGUUAUCAACGGUUUGGGAAAUGGCUGUCUAGCCAUGAUGGUCCCCAAUUAUCAGAGUGAAAUCUCACCGCGGGAGAUCCGUGGUCGUAUUAUCUCUGCACAACAAUGCUUUAUCAACCUGGGCAUACUUAUCGCGUUUUGGAUCCAAUAUGGUACAAGCCAUAUCGAUGGACAGGCCUCAUGGCGUAUCCCCAUUGGAUUGCAGAUGAUCCCCACGAUUGUUCUUCAUGUGACAAUGUAUUUUUUGCCAGAGUCUCCUCGAUGGCUGGUUUCCCAGGAUCGGCAGUCAGAUGCACUCCAUGUUCUUGCACGUCUUCACUCAAAGGGAGACAUUGAAAACCCAUACGUGCGCGCUGAGCUAGCUGAAAUAGUGGCUAAGAUACAAUGGGAGAAAAGCAACCCCCCUCCCACAUACGGUUCGAUGCUUUUUGGUUCGGAUUCGAGACGGACAUGGCUUGCGAUCGGUGUGCAAUUUUGGCAGCAAGUAACCGGGAUCAACGUGAUCAUGUAUUACGCUGUGUUUCUCUUCCAACAAGCAGGUUUGAAUGACACUUCUGCUUCCCUUUUGGCCAAUGGACUUCAAGGCGUUGUCCUGAAUGUCUUCACCUGGCCAGAUAUGUACUAUAUGGACACAUGGGGUCGACGUACACCUAUGAUACUCGGUGGAUUCGGCAUGGGGGUAGCUAUGAUGCUGAUAGGGGUCAUCAUGAAAACAAAGGGCGACCCCAUCUACGAUCCGGUGACAAAGAAGACCAAUUUCCAUUUUGCCGAUAAGAACGCAUCCAAUGCAACGAUUGCGUUUGUUUAUAUAUACGUCAUGGCUUUUGCCCUGUCCUGGGCCUGUGUUGCAUGGGUUUAUCCUGCCGAGCUGUUUAGCACAAACAUGCGUGGACGAGGAACUUCCUUUUCAUCAGCGACCAACUGGUUCGUGAACUUUUGGUUUGCUUUGUAUAUCCCAACGGCGAUGGAUAAAAUCUCAUGGAAAUUAUACAUUAUUUUCAUGGCUCUGUGCUACCUUAUGGCUGUUGUCAUCUUCCUCUUUUAUCCUGAAUCGGCAGGAAAAACCUUGGAAGAAAUGGACUUCCUUUUCGCAAAAAAUCGCACUGCUUUUGUUUUCCUCGACAAAUCGGCCACUCGGAUUGGCGCUAUAUUUGACCGUGACAUGACACAUGGCGAGGCUCUCACGGCUUUUGAUUCUGCUAAAGCAUUGGAUACUGAGCAGGGCGUACACUUGGAGCAUGCGAGAUCGAGUGUUUAA